AUGGUUCUACAAUCUUCACAAGAUGCGACAUUAUAUCGGCGGCUCAAUAGACGGAUCUCUAAGUCCCUUACCCGUGAUCUGCGCCAAUUCAAUACAAGUCGUAUUGAAGAGGCCAUCGAGCGGAAUAAGGGCUCUAAAGUUUUCGCACGAGAUCUGUCUAUUGGGCAAAGCCAGCUCGCCAAAUUAAAAACUGAGGAUGGUAGAAUCGUCUCAUCCAGACCCGAACUCCUGGGUGAGAUAGAGAGCUUUUAUGGACAGCUAUACACAUCGACUAAAAGUCCCGAAGUUGGUCUGGCGGAAGACCCUAGAGCUAGGCUGACCCGACAUUAUACCGAAGACAUCCCGGACAUCAGCCUGUACGAGAUUAGAAUGGCUUUCAAACAGCUCAAAAACAACAAGGCACCCGGUGAAGACGGAAUCACAGCCGAACUUCUGAAGGCGGGUGGUAAUACAGAAGACCUACCUAAGGAGUAUAACCUGCCUCUCUGCUUAGCGUUUGUGGACUACGAGAAAGCCUUUGAUUCGAUCGAAACCUGGGCCGUACUACAAUCUCUCCAGAGGUGCCAAGUGGAUUACCGCUAUAUCGAAGUGCUGAAGUGUUUGUACGAGAACGCCACUAUGUCAGUCCGACUCCAGGACCAGAACUCGAAACCUAUUCCGUUGCAGCGGGGAGUCAGGCAAGGGGAUGUUAUUUCUCCUAAACUGUUUACCGCUGCAUUGGAGGAUGUUUUCAAGACUUUGGACUGGAGAAGGCUGGGCAUCAACAUAAACGGCGAGUACAUCACUCACCUUCGGUUUGCGGACGAUAUAGUAAUCAUGGCUGAGACUACGGAGGAUUUGAGUAUGAUGCUCAAUGACCUCAGUAAAGCUUCCGAGCGAGUUGGUCUGAGGAUGAACAUGGAUAAGACGAAGAUCAUGUCAAAUGCCCGUGUAGAACCAACUCCUGUUACAAUCCCAAACUCACAAGCGGUAUUGAACCUUUAA